UCAAGAGGCACGCAACGGCGUUGGAUUACCGAUACGUCGUACCUGAAGCUGAGCGUCGCGCGCUUGGUUACGGUUGUUUAAUGACUGGAGUAGGGGGUGAUAGGCGGUGCCUCGCGAAAAUUGGCCGAAAUGAGCAGUUCGUGGACAGCUCUGGCGUAUGGGAUAAUAGUUUAACAAAUUAUAUUUUUGCAGCUCCAGAAACUCGUGAUUGGCUAUUUAUAUCUUCGCCGUAUCCAGUAUUGUUAAUAACUGUGGGAUAUUUAUAUUUUGUUCUGUACGCUGGUCCUUGCUACAUGAAAAAUCGACCGCCAUAUAAAUUGAGAACCUUUAUAUUAAUUUAUAACUUAUUUCAAAUUCUGGCAAACUUAUGGCUCCUAAAACUACACAAAGAUGCCGGGUGGUUUUCACGUUUCACAGAAUUCAGCAUUGCAAACUGUGGGAACCAUUAUGCAGGCUACUUAGAUGCACCUAAAAUAUUUAGUACAUUGUGGUGGGUAUACCUGCUAAAACUUUCUGAUUACAUCGAAACUUGUGUAUUUGUAUUGAGGAAGAAACAAAACCAGGUGUCUAGUUUGCACACGUUUCAUCAUGUAUCUACUGUGACAUUUUCGUGGUUUUGCUUGAAAUACUUUCUGGAUGUAAGAGCUUCGUAUUUCUCAUUGCUCAAUUGUUUUGUGCAUGUAAUUAUGUACAUAUACUAUUUCAUCAGUGCAUGGAGUCCGAAUCUCCAACGGAUUAUAUCUCCUUUUAAACCAUUAUUAACUAAGCUACAGAUGGCAAGUAUCAAUACAAUAUUUUAUUAUCAAAUUACACAUGUGACAUUAUCGUAACUUUUCGUCUAAAACGUAUUAUUCUUCAAUAUGUUUGU